GUGAAAUGCUUGAUAGAAGCGAGCAAACCUCUUAGUUUCUGUAGAUUGUAAGCAUGGCGUGUUACAGCUUAUAAGUACAGCGGCUUCACACCAUCCCACCGGCCUAUGAAAGUCCUCAUCGCACCCCGAAUUCUGAGGGGAAAGUUCUCGGGACCAGUAUGCACCCUGGAACGGCAAGGAUGUCUGCGCAUCCCUUCGCCGAUUGCUCCACGCCUUCAGCCCUACGGCUCAUGCAUAUCGGCCACCAGGCGGCGUUAUGUCAGAAAGUAACGUGCCAGUUGUGCUCGAUCUGCAUGCAUGCAAUGUGUG